CACAAUUGGGGUGCGGAAUAGGGUCUCCAGUUAAACGACAGAGCUCGAAGUCGAAGACCAGCGGGCAGAGAGAGAGAGAGAGAGAGGUGGAGAAAGGGGAGAAGAGAGAGAAAACAUGAAAGAAGAAGCUAUAAGCUCCUCCAGAGAUCCGUUACUGGCCCCAAAAUCAUCUUCUCCUACUCCUGCUGCUAGUUCUGCAGGGGCAUCAUCUCCUGCUGUUCCCGGAAAUGCUGGCAGUAUAGACUGGUUGGGUCAUGGGCAGGGUUCCAAGGCAGGUUCACUUUCUCGGGUUGGUUCACAGCCCCUGUGGACUUCUUUGAGCACAAGUGCUGGUGGUUCUGCUCUGGGGUCAUCACAGCCUUCGUGUAGACCAUGGGAAAGGGGCGAUUUACUGAGGCGGCUUUCUACAUUCAAGCCUUCAAAUUGGUUUGGAAAGCCUAAGGCUGCUAGUUCACUGGCCUGUGCUAGAAGAGGUUGGGUGAAUGUGGAUGUUGAUAAGAUUGAGUGCGAGUCUUGCGGUGCAGACGUGAAAUAUGUUUCAUCAGCUACCUGGAUGCCUAUAGAAGAUGACAGUGCUGGGGGAGAUUUUGCCAAGCAACUUGAUGUAGGGCACAAAGCCCCUUGUCCGUGGAGAGGGAACAGCUGUGCAGAAAGUUUGGUGCAGUUUCCUCCUACUCCACCAUCAGCCCUGAUUGGGGGUUAUAAGGAUCGCUGUGAUGGACUCCUCCAGUUUCUUUCCCUCCCAGUUGUAGCUGCAUCUGCCAUUGAGCGGAUGCGGGUUUCUCGGGGACUUGAAAUUGACCGUUUUCUGGUUCAGUCACAGGUUUUCACAGUUGGGGAAUCUGGCUUAAAGUCAGAUAUUAUGUUAGGAAUCGACACCAGAGAUGAGGUCGUCUUUACAUAUUCUCGUGCCCAUAAGCUGAUAAGUCUUUGUGGAUGGGAGCCAAGAUGGCUUCCAAAUGUUCAAGAUUGUGAAGAACAUUCUGCUCAAUCAGCUAGAAAUGGGUGUUCAAUUGGUCCUACCAAAGGCUAUGGCCAUCUGCAAGAUCCUGGCCCUAGCAAGAAGGCAGUGUCUGCUUCAACCAGAAAAGAUUCUGGAAAGAAUGAAGUACUUGGUCCCAAGGCAAAAGGAGAAUCUAGGUCGCCCUUGUUAGAUUGUAGCUUAUGUGGAGCCACAGUCAGAAUCUGGGACUUCCUGACUGUUGCUCGUCCUGCUCGCUUUGCUCCCAAUAGCAUUGAUAUUCCUGAAACAAAUAAGAAAAUGGCAUUGACACGUGGAGUGAGUGCAGCAAGUGGAAUCAGUGGAUGGGUUGCAACUGAUGGUAUGGAAAAAGAGCAGACUGAGGAUCAUGACGAAGCUGCAACAGAUGAGGGGAAGUCACUGUCAAAUAUUGGAGUGGAUUUAAAUCUUACAAUGUGUGGUGGAUUAUCCUCUCCACGGUUGCACAGAAAUAUGAUGUCUGGACAAUAUCCAGAUACAAAUAUAGGAAGGGAUCUAAGAAUUGGGCAGCCUUCCAGCAGUGAGGUUGGUGAUCGUGCAGCCUCAAUUGAGUCACGAGGUCCGAUUACUCGCAAACGGAACUUGGAUGAAGGUGGAAGCACUGUUGACAGACCACAUGCAAUGAUGCAACAGGCAGACAGCAUCGAAGGAACUGUCAUUGACCGUGAUGGUGAUGAAGUCAAUGAUGGCGAACACUACUCGACUGGCCCUGCAAAACGUGCUCGUGAUUCUGAUGAUUUUGAAGCCUACCGCUCAUCAUAUAGGAGAGAUUCAUCUGGUGCUGGUCCUAGCCAGUCAUUUGGCUUUGAGAUUGAAACAGAUGCACAAAGAUUUGAUUUUUUCCACCAAAGAAAUGAACGAGUUAUUGGUGUCCCAUCCACAAGAGAUUCAACACGUGCUUCCUCUGUUAUUGCAAUGGACACAAUCUGUCACAGCGCAGACGAUGAUUCAAUGGAAAGUGUUGAAAAUUAUCGUGGAGAUGUUGAUGAUCUCCACUUCCCCCCCAUGGAGUUGUUUAGAAAUCCAGAUUUGAAUGACACAUCAGAAUUGAACACCAGUAAUCAAGCUCAGCAGAGUACUUGUCCAGCUACAGUAAGAAUAGCUCGUGACAUGGGUGUUAGCAGCACAAAUGAUGGUGAGGAAGUACUGAACACAGAGACUACGACUGCUCAAGGUAGAGAUGGGCCCAGCUUUGGUAUUAGUGGGGGAAGUGUUGGAAUGGGCGCUAGUCAUGAAGCUGAAAUCCACGGGGCUGAUGUCUCUGUUCAUAGAACGGAUAGUGUUGUUGGUGAUGUGGAACCAGUUGCUGAAGUCACUGAAAAUCAGGGUCAAACUGGUGAAUUUGCUCCGGAUCCUGGGCAAAUGGGUGAUUUUGUCCCUGAAGAAAUGGAUCGAGAGGAUCCUCAUGGUGAUAGUCAAGAUCUGAUGUCUAGGUCUGUGGGAAGGGCAGAUAGUGGCUCAAAAAUUGUUGGUUCAACUAAGGCAGAAUCUGUGGAAAGUGGUGAGAAGACUAGUAACAUGCAUAUAUUACCCCACCAGAACAGUAAUCGUCCUUCUCUUUCUUGCAAUGCCAUUUUAUGUUCUGGCUAUGAAGCAUCCAAGGAAGAAGUGACUCAGGCUGGCAAGUCCCCUACUGAUGAUUGUGGGUACCCUGAGUCAGGUUUCAUGGUUGCAACUGGGAUAGGACCUCCCAACGGAGAAAGCAACUAUGAAGAGCCUGUUGAGUUCGAUCCAAUUCAGCAUCACAAUUAUUUCUGUCCUUGGGUGAAUGGAAAUGUUGCUGCAGCAGGCUGUAGUAGUACCAGUGGCUCCAGUUCCAGUGCUGGUGCUAUAGCUCUUUGUGGUUGGCAGCUGACUUUAGAUGCUUUGGAUGCCUUCCAAUCUCUUGGACAUAUUCCAAUCCAAACCAUGGAAUCUGAAUCAGCUGCAUCUAUGUACAAGGAUGAUCAUCUAACUCCUGGUCAAAAACACUUGGCGCGCCACUCCUUCAGCAAAAGUCGUGGGCAGAACUGAAUUCAAUUAUCCACCAAAGAAUUGUCAAUUGGGAUUGUUGUGGUGGAAGCAAUGAAGAAGUGGUCAAUUUGCUGCUCUCUCGUCGUUGCUGUUGCUGUUAUGACAAAAUCUGCAUUUUGUCAGCUCUUUGUUUAUUGAACUCGAGGAAAAUGGUUUUUUUCCAUGUGUUAGACUGCUUUUUAUUAUUUUUUUCCCCCCUUUUCCUUCUACUCUUGGAGUUCUUAUAAUAAUGCACCGGAGUCAAUGAAGGUGAUCAUGUCAUAGUUUGAGCUCAGUUGUUGUGCAGAUUGAGAUGUUAUGCUACCAUUGCAGAUAAUAUUACUGAUAACUUAUUGCUAAGGUUAUUGAUGUAUUAUUAGAGUUGUGAAAUUGAAGUAAAUGGAAAUAAUUUUGUUUCUUUGGUAGAG